AUGGUAACCAAAUUCCUACUACUGCACUUCUGUCUUCUACUUUCCAACUUAAUCCAAACCUCCGGCAGAGAAACGCUGGAAGUCGGCAUCGGAAUCGGAAUCGGCAUUGGCGGCGGCGGCGGUGGUGGUAGUGGAAACAAUGGCAGUGGGUGUCCUGUACCUGCGCCUCCCCCGCCGCCAGCUAAAGUCCCGUGCCCCCCACCGCCAUCCCCACCGCCUCCACAUCGAAAUCCGCCUCCACCUCCAUCCCCACCGCCUCCACAUCGAAAUCCGCCUCCACCUCCGUCCCCACCUCCUCCAUCUCCGCCGCCACCUCCACCUCGAAAUCCGCCCCCACCACCUCCCCCAGAGCCCGAAAUCCUAAAACCAUCUGAUUUCUUGAACACAAGGAUUUAUAAUUCUUACCUGGUUAUCCAAAAGUUCAGGAAAACAAUCACGGAAGACCGCAUGGGCAUAACCAACACGUGGAAUGGCCCUGACCUCUGCCGUGACAAAUCCAAGUACAAGGGCUUCUACUGCGACAAUGCACCUGACACCCCGGCCAACAACAAGAACGCCCGCGCGGUAGCUGCCGUCGACUUCAAUGGCUACCGGCUUGGAGCACCAUCUGUCGCCGAGUUUAUCGAAGGGCUCAAAGACCUCGCAUUCUUCCACGCCAAUUCCAAUAAAUUCAGGGGCACCAUAACCCCCGGCAUCGCCAAUCUCCCGUUCUUCUACGAGUUGGAUGUCAGCAACAACCUCUUGUCAGGAGAGUUCCCAAUGCCAGUCCUGGGCAUAAAAAACAUCACGUUCUUCGACCUUCGAUUCAACUCUUUUUCCGGACAGGUUCCGCCUCAGCUCUUCUUGAAUUUCAAGCUGGUAGAAGUUAUCUUCAUCAAUAAUAACGGAUUCAACCAGAAUAUCCCGGCUAACAUUGGAAGAUCUCCCGUGAAAUAUCUCACUCUUGCAAACAACCAAUUCACGGGGAGCAUCCCGCGCAGCAUUCGCCUUGCUUCCAACACUCUCCUCGAAGUUCUCUUCCUAAACAACCAGUUAUCCGGUUGCAUCCCGUACGAGGUUGGCUUCUUGGAGAAGGCGACGGUGUUUGAUGCGGGCUAUAACAAGUUAACAGGUCCCAUACCCUACUCAUUGGGAUGCCUAAAGAAGAUUGAGCAGCUUAAUUUCGCAGGCAACAAGCUCUACGGUCAGAUACCGGAGGUGAUCUGCAAGCUGGGGAGCCUGCAGAAUCUGUCCCUCUCGGAUAACUACUUCACAUCGGUGGGGCCCAUUUGCAGGAAGCUCAUAAAGAAGGGAGUGCUUGAUGACAGGAAGAACUGCAUUUUGGGUCGUCCUAAGCAGAGGUCCCCAGACGAGUGCACUGCCUUCUUUUCCAAACCCUUGCUCUGCCCUUUCCCGUCUUCCUAUGUUACCAUCCCUUGUAAGCAAACCAUCUCUUCCGUCGAGGAUGUACCUCUUCCGCCGUCGUUUACAGAUGCAACAAAGGCUACGAUCUCACCGUCACCUUCCCCACCGCCUUCCUACGCGGCCCUCACAAAGCCUGAAUGGUGACCACACAACCACCCCCAAAUCUGUCCCCUUGUCUUUAGUUUAUGCGGAAGUGCUGUGUUCUCUCUCUUAAUAAGUUAAUACUACAUCGGGCCGUCCAUAGCAUAGCAUCAUUCUCAACGGUUUGGAUGAAAAGUAGUAUCAAAACCAGCUACUUGCAGGUCCAACGCUGCAAAAGGCCAUCCCGGAGCCUGACGCGUCUCGGUCAUCCUAUUUCUCGAUUAAAAGAUUUGUUACGUAAAAGACGUA